GGUUCACAUAUUAUUGGCUAAAAAAAAGGGUUUUCUCUAAAGUUAUAAAAAUAUACAUAAAAUGGACCACAAACCUAAAUGACAAAUCUAGUAACAUAAACAAUACCCCUACAAAAGAAAAGACUGCAACAAAGCAUCCAAUUUUAGUAGAGUGGUUGCAGAGUUGUUGCAAUUUCAACAUUUAUAUCAAGAUAAUGAUAAUCCCACAAGAUUAACACUUACUUAUACACCACCAUUACUCACUAACCAAUUUUCAUCCAUAAAAAUCAUGAAAGCGAAGGACUCACCAAAAACUACAUGGAAACCCUACUGCUGUUCGGCUGAAAACAAGGUUUUUCACAGCUUCAGCCGUUGCAGACCCUCAAAAUCGGAAUUCUCGAAAAAUGUAGCCCCAUCACCUUCUUUCAGACGCAUGUCUUUCUCAGAUCUAAGCAGGUCGUCUUCUAUGCGUCUUAAUGAAGACAUACAGAGCUUCGGACCAGACUUGUUUGAUUUUAAACUGAGUGAACUCCGAGGUGUAACUCAGAAUUUCUCGAGUAAUUUUUUGCUGGGUGAAGGAGGGUUCGGGAAAGUGCAUAAGGGUUAUGUCGAUGAAACCAUGAGAUCCGGGUUGAAACCUCAACCCGUUGCUGUUAAGCUUCUUGAUAUUGAAGGAUUACAAGGUCAUCGAGAAUGGCUUGCGGAGGUGAUAUUUCUGGGUCAACUUAGGCAUCCUAAUCUGGUGAAAUUGAUUGGAUAUUGUUGUGAAGAAGAAGAGAGGCUUCUUGUUUACGAAUUUAUGCCUCGUGGAAGUUUGGAGAAUCAUUUGUUCAAGAGGAUUUCGGUUUGUUUGGCAUGGGGGAUUAGGAUAAGAAUUGCAAUAGGCGCGGCGAAAGGUCUUGCGUUCUUGCAUGGUGCUGAAAGCCCCGUUAUAUAUCGUGACUUCAAAACAUCCAACAUCCUACUUGAUUCCGAUUUUAAUGCGAAAUUAUCUGAUUUUGGGCUGGCAACAAUGGGUCCAGAAGGAUCGAACACUCAUGUUACUACUAGAGUUAUGGGCACCUAUGGAUAUGCUGCCCCUGAAUAUGUCAACACUGGGCACUUGACCACAAAGAGUGACAUUUACAGCUUUGGAGUGGUGUUGUUAGAGCUAUUGACAGGAAGAAGGGCAAUGGAUAAAAAGAGACCAAAAAGCGAACAAAAUCUUGUUGACUUUGCAAGGCCAUAUUUGACUAGCAGCCGAAGGGUGCGUGCAAUAAUUGACCCAAGGUUGGGUGGACAAUAUUCGGUUAAAGGAGCCAAAGAGGUUGCCCUUUUAGCCUUAUAUUGCGUGAGUUUGAACCCUAAAGAUAGGCCCAAAAUGCCUGUGAUCAUUGAGACCCUUGAAGGUGUUAAGAAUUUGAAAGAUAUGGCUAUUAGUUCUGGACAGUGGGCCCCACCACCUACACAGAAGACAGCAAGAAAUGCGGUUUUUAUGCCCAAAGAAAGCAAAGAUAUGAAUGGAGGAGGUCGGAUUUAUUGGAAACAAACUCCUGUCAAGACAAUGAGCACUAAGGGUUAGUGAAUUGGGAUCAAGAUUCAGAUAUGUCCCAUUGUUAGUGACUCAAUUCUGGUUUGGUAGAUAUUAUGUAAAUGAUAAAACGCAUAUAUGUACAUAAAUUUAGAUGAAUAAGUCGUCGUGUAUACAUAUAAGUGCCUUGUGUGCAACAAAAUGGUGCAAUACAUGAUAUAAAUUAAUAUGUAUGAAUCAUGCUAGAGUUGACAAUGAGGGCAUCAAUUGCGUACUUAAAACUCAGACUAUUUGGAGUGAAUCCAAUCUUUUGCAUCCUUUUCUGAAAUUCCAUUGACUUACCCAUAUCACCUUUCUCACAAAACCCUUUAAAAACCUCAUUAUAGCAUUCAUUGUCACAUACUUGAAACUCUUCUGCAAACAAGAUCAAUAAUGACUCAGCUUGAUUCAGAUUCUUCUCUUUACAAUACCCAAAAAUCAAAGAUUUAAAUAUUGUCAUAUCAGGCUGGAUGCCUACUUCAAUCAUAUCCCUCAUGAAAGCUUCACCCUCCAUGGUUCUUUUUAGUCUACACAAACACUCUAUGAUUACUCCAUAUGUGACAAAACUUGGGUUCACAUUCUUGAAAAACAUCUCGUCUUUUAUCUGUAUAGCCUCAUUUACAUAAUUAGAUUUACAAAAUGAAACGAUCAAUUCAUUGUAGAUUUUAAUCAUACAAGUUUCUUCACCAUCUUUCACUAUGCGUUCCCAUAGACUCUUGGCUGCAAAAGGUUUAUCCACCUGGCACAAAGCAAUGACUAGAUCAAUUUGAAGAUCUCUAGAUACUGAUAUUCCAAAUCUUUGAAGCUCUACAAUAAGAUUCACAGCUGAAAUCAACAUUCCUUUCUUUUUAUAUCCUUCUAUAAGUACUAAACAAGUGAACUUGUUAGGGGUGACCCCUUUUCUGAUCAUUUCAUGAAGCAACAUGCGUGAUUCUUGCAUCAUUUCCUUGUUAAUGUAACCACAUAUAAGAGUAUUGUAUGAGUAUAUGUCUGGGUUUAUCCCUAUUUGAAUCAUUUUGUGGAAUAACUUAUGAGCGUCCUUUACAUUACCUUGUUUACAAAGCCCGUUUAUCAGAGAUGUAUGAGUAAUCAAAUCUGGCAUCACACGUCUUAUACACAUGAUGUUAUAAAGAUAGAGUGCAUCUUUUAAUCGUCCUCUUGUGACAUAGCUAUCUAUUAAUGUGUUAUAUGUGACAAUAUCAGGAUCAAAUCCUUCGUCUUCCAUCUUCUCUAGGAACCCAUUCACCUUAUCAACAUCACCACUCUUGCAUAUAACAUGAGUUAAUAUGUUGAAAGUAAACGUGUUACCACGUACUCCGAUUUUCCCC